AUGUCCCGAUUCCUCCGUCCCGCAGCACGCCUGGCGUCCUCUGCCAGAGCUGCCUCCCUCCGCACCUCCCCCAUCUCUCAAUUCGUUAGCCGGCCUGCUGCUUUCACCAUCCAGUCACGGACAUAUGCCGACGCAAAGGGAACCAAGGACUACACUGUCCGAGAGGCCCUCAACGAGGCCCUCGCCGAGGAGCUUGAGGCCAAUGACAAGGUCUUCGUUCUGGGUGAGGAGGUCGCUCAGUACAACGGCGCAUAUAAGGUCACAAAGGGUCUUCUGGACCGGUUCGGCGAUAAGCGUGUCAUUGAUACACCCAUCACCGAGAGCGGUUUCUGUGGUCUCGCCGUUGGCGCUGCCCUCAGCGGACUGCACCCUGUGUGCGAGUUCAUGACCUUCAACUUCGCCAUGCAAGCCAUCGAUCAGAUCGUCAACUCCGCCGCUAAGACCCUCUACAUGUCCGGUGGCAUCCAGCCCUGUAACAUCACUUUCCGCGGCCCCAAUGGCUUCGCCUCUGGUGUUGCUGCGCAGCACUCUCAGGACUACUCAGCCUGGUACGGCAGCAUUCCUGGUCUGAAGGUCGUCUCCCCUUGGAGUGCCGAGGACGCCAAGGGUCUGCUCAAGGCGGCCAUCCGCGAUCCCAACCCCGUCGUCGUUCUCGAGAACGAGCUCAUGUACGGCCAGACUUUCCCCAUGUCGGAGGCUGCCCAGAAGGAUGACUUCGUUAUUCCCUUCGGCAAGGCCAAGAUCGAGCGCUCCGGCAAGGACUUGACCAUUGUCACGCUCUCCCGAUGCGUCGGCCAGGCUCUGGUUGCUGCUGAGAACUUGAAGAAGAACUACGGCGUCGAUGUCGAGGUUAUCAACCUGCGCUCCGUCAAGCCCUUGGACGUCGAGACCAUUGUUCAGUCUGUCAAGAAGACCCACCGCCUGCUUUCCGUUGAGUCUGGAUUCCCUGCCUACGGUGUCGGCUCAGAAAUCCUGGCUGUGACGAUGGAGUACGCCUUUGACUACCUUGAUGCGCCCGCCCAGAGGGUCACUGGUGCCGACGUCCCUACCCCUUACGCGGCCGGCCUGGAAGAGAUGGCUUUCCCUACUGAGCAGAUCAUUGAGAACUACGUCGCCAAGAUGCUGCGUCUGUAA